GAGCUUGAAGAGACGGAGAGAGAGAGAGAGAGAGAGAGAGAGAUGGAGGCGGAGCUGGUGGAGGUGUUCCAGCUGGCGAGCAGAGCCGCGGACGCGACGGCCGCGGACGGGAACGGCGGAGGGGACGACGACGAGGAGGAGGAGGAGGAGCGGCGGUGCAUCGACGCCUUGAAGCGCCUCAAGUCCUUCCCCGUCACUUCUCAGGCCCUCGUCUCCACUCAGGUCGGGAAAGGUCUUAGACGCCUUACAAAACAUCCUAGGAAGAAGAUACAAGCUUUUGCUUCCGACUUGAUUCAGCUAUGGAAACAGAUUGUUAUGGAGGAAUCAAAUGGUUGCAAGAAGAAUGGCAGUGUGGAUCAUAAUGAGUCUGCAAAACCCAGGGAGAGUAAGGUUAAAAAAUCCUCCUCUUUCCGGAUUGAGGGGAUUCCCAAGUAUGAAGCAACAAAGGUAAGGAAAACCGAGCGAAAUGGUACUCCUGGUUCCGAGAAGAUGUCAAGGUUGGAUGUUGGUGUUACUGAGAAAGUGGUCUGUAAUAGGAUUCUGCAAGGAAGUGUCAAGGUUGAAACGAUCACUGCAACUAAGGAAGAGACACCAAAUUGUCGCGUGAACAAAUUGUCACCUCAUCCUGCUCAGCCGCUGUCUGCUUCUGUGACUAAAUGCGACGAUCCGAUGAGGGACAGAGUACGGGAGCUUCUUUUUGAGGCUCUGUCCAGAGUUUCUGGUGAAGCCAGCAAAGACAUCAUUGACGAAGUGAAUGCAUGUGACCCAUCUAGCAUCGCUGUUUCAGUUGAGUCAACCAUGUUCCAGAGUUGGGGUCGUAUGAACGGCGCCCACAAGGUGAAGUACAGGUCCCUAAUGUUCAAUAUUAAGGAUCCCAACAACCCAGAUUUCAGGAGAAAAGUUCUUCUCGGUCAUGUCAAGCCGGAGAGGCUCCUAAACAUGACCACGGAAGAAAUGGCUAGUGAUGAGAGGCAACUUCAAAAUCAACAGAUAAAGGAGAAAGCUUUGUUCGAGUGUGAGCUAGGAGCCGCACCGAAAGCUACAACUGAUCAAUUCAAGUGUGGCCGAUGCGGCCAGAGAAAAUGCACUUACUACCAGAUGCAGACGAGGAGCGCGGACGAACCAAUGACGACGUAUGUCACUUGUGUUAACUGCAAUAACCAUUGGAAGUUCUGUUAAGAUCACUUGCUUAGGAGCUGUUAGGACAUGUUGAUGGCAUGACUGGUUCAUUGCACUCGCAUUCCUAGAAGAGAGAGGUUUAGUCUGUUUAAUCUUUUAGGAUAGUUAAUCUUGUGAACUGCAAGUUUGAGCAGCUCGUUGUUACUGGAUUUGUAGGAACGUGUUCUAGUUACUUUUCGUUAA